AUGUAAUGCCCUUUUUUAGAGAAAAAAGCUUUAGCUGACAUCUUUACUUAAAUUAAAGAUGUAGAUAAACAAAUUUUUGGUUUGAUCUUAGAAAUAUUUUAGAAGGAAAAAGUUGAAGACUGCAUUGAAUAUCUUUCAGAUAAUGAAAAUUAAAGGCAUUUAGAAUAAUAAAUCUUACAAAUAGGGAAUUUAACAGAAGUUGAGAGAUUAUCUACUGGAAGUAGUGAUAUGAAACAAAUUACUGAUGUCUUAAAAAAAAUAAAAGAUCAUGCCUACAAUAACAAAGACUAUUCCAGUGAAGAAAAUUAAGAAUAAACAUAAAAUCUAAUUAAUAGCAUUAAGAAUGAUAAAUAUAUUAUAGAGUUUUUAUUAUUUUUAGUUUACCUUACAACCAUAGAUAAUCAUUUAAUAUAAUGUGGAUCGAACUCAUUACAUAUCUUGGUUUAGAUGAAGAUUGAUAUUAGAAACUUACAUUUUGAAAAUAUUAAGAUCUAAAAUACUUCUCUAUAAGGAGCAAAUUUUGUUCGAUGUAAUUUAAGUGGUUCUUAAUUUAAUAAUGUUAAUAUAAGUGGAAUAAAUUUGAAUGGAGCCUUAUUAAUGAAUUGUAAAUGGACCAACCUAAGAAUCCACGAAUUAAAUUAAUUAAAUGGUCAUACAAAUUAUGUCAAUUCAGUCUGCUUUUCUCCUGAUGGAAAUACACUAGCAUCGGGGAGUUGGGAUAAAACUAUUCUUUUAUGGGAUAUCAAAACCGGAUAAUAAAAAUCCAAAUUAGAUGGUCAUAGUGGACAUGUUAUGUCGGUCUGUUUUUCUCCUGAUGGAAAUAUAUUAGCUUCUUGUAGUUAUGAUAAGUCUAUCCGUCUAUGGGAUGUUAAAAUAGGAUAAUAAAAAUACACAUUGAAUGAUUAAACUAGAUUCGUUACGUAAUUAUGUUUUUCUCCUGAUGGGAAUAUAUUAGCAUCUAAUAAUGAUAUUAACUCAAUUUUUCUAUGGGAUAUUAAAACCAAGAAAAAAAUGGCCAUAUUUAAUGGUCAUACUAGUUAUGUUAUGUCAGUCUGUUUUUCUCCUGAUGGAAAUACAUUAGCAUCUGGUAGUUAUGAUAAGUCUAUUCGUCUAUGGGAUAUUAAAACAGGUUACUCAAAAACAGAAUUGCAUGGCCAUACUAGUGGAAUAUUAUCAAUCUGUUUCUCUCCUAAUGGAGAUACAUUAGCAUCUGGUAGUUAUGAUAAAUCUAUCCUUCUAUGGGAUGUUAAAGCAGGAUAAUAAAAAGUAAAAUUAGUUGGUCACUCUCAUUAUGUUAUGUCAGUUUGUUUUUCUCCUUUAGGUCAUACUUUAGCAUCGGGUAGUUAUGAUAAUUAUAUAUGUCUAUGGGAUGUUGAAGCAGGAUAAUAAAAAGAAAAAUUAGUUGGUCACUCUCAUUAUGUUAUGUCAGUUUGUUUUUCUCCUUCAGGUCUUACUUUAGCAUCUGGUAGUUAUGAUAACUCUAUCCGUCUAUGGGAUAUUUAAAUAGGAUAAUAAAAAGUCUAAUUAGAUGGUCAUAGUGAUUUUAUUAGAUCAAUUUGUUUUUCUCCUGAUGGAAAUACAAUAGCAUCUGGUAGUGAUGAUAAGUCUAUUUGUCUAUGGGAUGUUAAAACAGGAAAAUAAAAAAUCAAGUUAGAUGGUCAUACUAGUUAUUUUAUGUCAGUCUGUUUUUCUCCUGAUGGAAAUACGUUAGCAUCUGGUAGUUAUGAUAAGUCCAUUUUAUUAUGGGAUGUUAAAACAGGAAAAUAGAAAAUCAAGUUAGAUGGUCAUAGUGAUGUUAUUAGAUCGGUUUGUUUUUGUCCUGAUGGUAAUACAUUAGCAUCAGGUAGUAGUGAUAAUUCUAUUAGCCUAUGGAAUGUUAAAACAGGAUAAUAAAAAGCCAAAUUAGAUGGUCAUACAAGCUUUGUUAUGUCAGUCUGUUUCUCUCCUGAUGGUAAUACAUUAGCAUCUGGUAGUUAUGAUAACUCUAUCCGUCUAUGGGAUAUUAAUAUAGGAUAAUAAAAAGUCAAAUUAGAUGGUCAUAGUGAUUUUAUUAGAUCAGUUUGUUUUUCUCCUGAUGGAAAUAGAUUAGCUUCUGGUAGUAAUGAUAAGUUUAUCCGUUUAUGGGAUGUAAAUACAGGAUAAUAAAAAGCCAAAUUAGAAGGUCAUACGAGUUCUGUUAUGUCAGCCUGUUUCUCUCCUGAUGCUAAUACAUUAGUUUCUGGUAGUUAGGAUAACUCAAUCCGUCUUUGGGAUGUCAAAACAGGAUAAUAAAAAGCCAAAUUAGAUGGUCAUACAAGCUUUGUUAUGUCAGUCUGUUUCUCUCCUGAUGGUAAUACAUUAGCUUCUGGGAGUUAUGAUAACUCUAUCCGUCUAUGGGAUGUUAAAACACGAUAAGAAAUGCAUCUCAGGGAUAAUCAAUAUUAAGAUAUUUUCACAUAAUUUUAACUUACUAUAUCUAAGAAAAAUCUUCAAUCAGAUAUCAUAAUUUAACAUAAUUUAGUCGUCAACACCAAUAUUACAAUACUCCUUAUUUCCCAAUAAAAAAUAUUUCAGGCGUAGGGAAGUUUAAUUUUUAAAGGGGAAUUUAUUAAUCAAUAAGGUAUUGAUUUAAAGACAUUAUUUAAACAAAAAGGAAGUUGCUUUAUGGUAAGUUUAUCUGAAAAGUGA